AUGUCAAAGAAGAAGGAUCACGAGAGGAAGAGCCAGUGGGCAUGGGCCGAAAACAUUCACCCCAACAACAUCGAAUUCGAUCACAUACUUAAAGCGUAUCGCAUAGGGCUGCCCAACUGCAAACCUCUGUCUUGUCGACGUAAUUGCAAAAAUAAUCCUUACUGUUUAUCUGGACUUGGAGAACAACGUUGGCUUCAAGAUAAAGUGCGCACACCUGUUAAUGACUAUGAAGAUCCAGAGCUUGAACGGCGGCAAAACAAUACAUUUGUCGGCUUAAAAAACUUGGGUGCAACAUGUUACAUCAAUAGUCUCUUACAGUUAUGGUUUCAUAACAUUAACUUCAGAAAAGCAAUAUUUAACUGGAAACCAGAAGAAGAUUCAACGGAAAGUCAAAACAAGUCUCUUUAUGCUGAAAAUGCAUAUGUACCAGAGACUAGUGUUGGUCAUCUACAAUUAGUAUUUGCUUUAAUGCAAUUUGGUAAACAACGGUCAGUAGAUCCUGAAGACUUUAUUACAACUUUAAGAAUUAAUACUGCUCUUCAACAGGAUGCUCACGAGUUUUCAAAUUUGUUCCUAUCUGUCUUGGAAAACAAGUUUAGUACACAAUCUGAUGCUUCUGUCAGAGAUAUGGUUAGAGAUAACUUUCUUGGCGAAUACAAAUAUGUAACUACCUGUUUAAAAUGUAAAACUAAAUCCACACGUCCAUCAACGUUUUAUGAACUUGAUUUAAACAUUAAAGGUCAUAAAACAUUGAACGAAAGUUUGCAAGAGUUUUUAAAAGAAGAGCACCUAACUGGAGAUGAUCAGUACUAUUGUAACCAUUGUAACUGCAAGCAAGAUGCUGUACGCAAAAUAUGUUUAACUACUUUACCCCCUGUGCUUAAUAUUCAAUUAAUGCGUUUUGUUUAUGAUAGACAAACAAUGCAGAAAAAAAAACUUAAUACAUACAUACAAUUUUCACAAACAUUAGAUAUGGCUCAGUAUUUAAAUUUACCCGUUCAACUUGAUGAAUCAUCUAAAGAAAAUCACAUAUACAAUUUAUGUGCAGUCCUCAUACAUAAAGGUUCAAGUGCAUACUCUGGUCAUUAUGUUGCCCAUAUCAAAGACAUAGCCGCUGAAGAAUGGUAUAAAAUGAAUGAUGAAAAUGUUGAAAAACUAAAGGGCAAGGGUUUAAAUUUGUGCACUGAAGACGAGUUUAAAUUAAAUGGUUCAAAAGUUACUAAAGCUCCUAAGAUUCAAAAAGGUAUGUUACAAACAAACAAUGCUUACAUGUUGGUUUAUAUGCAUCAUACCAUGAUAACAAAACUAAAAACUGAAUCAUCUAACUGGGAGUUAUCACCAAGACUGAUUCACCUUGUGGAGGCUCGUAAUAAUAACUUUGAAAAUACAAUAUUAAAUAUUAAGAGUAAUCGAGAGUAUGUAGAAGACAAAGAUAAAGUUUUUGUUGAGCAAAUGUUGAAUUUAAUAACUGAGAUGAACUCUGUAUCUGUAAAAGAAAAAAAAAAGGAAGCCAUUUCAUUACAGUGGCUUAACUAUUGGUUUAAAAUCACACCAAAUCAGAAUGUCAAGGAAAUAAGCAACUGUGCAAUUUUAUGUAAACAUAAUUUGCUUGACCCGGAUAAGGUGCAUGAAGCCAAGUACAUUGGAACGGAAUUAGCAGAUAAAUUGUAUGGUAUAUAUAAAGGGGGUCCAAGGCUGCAAUUAAAUUCAUCAAUAUGUUGGAAAUGUGUAAGAAAUAAAUGUGCCUUAUUAUAUACCAAAACAUUAACUACUGAACAAAAUAAAACCAUCAACACAGUCUUACAUAGUUGGAAUCCCACUCCUAGCGUAGAUGAUGAAAACCAUGAAAAAUGUUACUGGGUUGGGAAAGAUUCACUAAAAAGUUGGCGACGAAUGUAUUUGGAAUUGUUUGAAUAUUUUGUUAAUAAUCAUGAUAUACCUCCAAACACUGCUUUGCCUCUUAAUCCAGAUCUAUUGUCAGUAGUAUGUGAUCCAUCAAGCAGUUUUGAUGAUGAGGACAAGAAAUUCUUUAAGUCUAAAGAUAGAAGUCGUUUUAUUAAAAUGGAAGGGAUAACAUUGGAAUCUAUUGAUGGAUGUCGGAAACUUGCUCAUAUGUUUGUUAACAAUUCAAUAUCGAUUUUCAAAAUUCUAAAGCUCAAUGAUUUUAAACCAUUUCAUUAUUCCUUAUUGGAAUUAGAGUCAGUCCUAGAAGAAAUGACAAACAUAUUGUCUUCAGUUAUUGCUAAAAAAGUUAAUGAUGAAUUAGCUAGUGAAGAGAAAAAAUAUGAUAAAAGUAAAAUAGAUAAAUCAAAGAAUAUGAUAACUGAAUGCUUAAUUCCAAAUGAGACUGAAUCAAAAACAGACGACGAGCAUAAAGAAGAUGAUGUUGAGGACAAUAGUCAUGAAGAAAAAGACAAACAUGAUGAUUCUGAUUCUUUUGAUAACAAAAAUGAUACUGAGUACAUGUCAUGGGGAUUCAAUGAAGACAUUACAUGUUCGCAUGGGAACUUGACUAUUGAAACUAACACCAGAAGAUUAGUUCCAGAAGUAGUGAAAGGUAUUCUUCAUUCAUACUUUCCCAAAGCACCAAUAUUUGCUAAUGAUAUUGAACCUUGUAAUAUAUGUCGAAAUAUGCAUAGUCAAGAUGAGAUUACUAAAAAUCUACAUAAGCAGUCUGCUAUUACAGAAAAAGAAUUGCUGAGUGAUUUGCUAUGGAAUAAAAAAAGACCCGUUCCUUCACAGGAAAAUUCUCCAUACCCUUGUGUUUCUAAGAAUUUUUUAGAAUCUUGGAGAAAAUUUGUGAGAAAUUCAUCAAAAGAACCAAGACCGCAUUCGAUUGUGAAUGAAGCACUUCUUUGCAAAGAACACACUGGACUGUUAUUUGAACCGCCUUCGAAUUUGUAUUCGACUGAACAGAAUCCAAUAGCGCUAUUAACUAAAGAAGAAUGGACGAUUCUUUCAAGAUGUUAUGCAGCUGAUUAUGGAGUAUACUUGUAUUUUGGCGAACUUGGAAUGUUUACAACAUCAAAUCCAGAAAUAUGUGUACCGUGCCGCCAGAGAAGAUUGGACGAGGAAAAAAAGGAACAGUUAAAGUAUAAUAAAGCAAAAAUUUUUAUUAAAGUGAUUGAAAAAGAAUCGCACGAAAAUAGAUUCAAUGGAAUCGACGACAAGGAUGAGUUAUGGGGCAACUGUUCGAAGAAAAUUAAACUGGAUACGGCGUGCGUCAACGGGACUAGUGCCUCCACAACGGCCGCCGCUCCCACAUUCGUCAACAACGGCGCAUUAGAGUUGGGAAUCAGAAGGAGUGCUCGAAACAGAAGGCCUAGGGGUGAACUGAUCGUGGUUUCUUCCAACGACACAUUGCUUGAUCUCAAGAUGAAGAUCAUGGGUGCAUUCAACGUCAUGCCCAAUGAUCAGCACCUGAAAACAGCAGAAGGUGUUAGGUUGGAUGAUAAUGAAGCUACAUUGGCUGACCUAGAAAUUCUUCCCGAUACAUUAAUUCUAGCAAAGUUUGACGAACCUACCGAAGACCUGCCAGAAUUUGUCGCUGAGGAAGAAGCUGGCUUCAAAGGUACUGAGCUAAUGAGUUGA